AUGGCAUCUGGCCAAGAGAAGGAUAUGGCAAGGGAGGAAGGGCCCACUGCACCUAAUGAGGUGGUGAACAAUGCUGCUGACAUUGACCUCAAUCAAGAUGAGGCAAUGGAUGACAUUGAGCUGGAUGAUAUUGAGGACUUGGACCUGGACCUUGGAGAUGAGCAUCACCAUGGUGAAGCUGAGAACCAUGAUGAAGCAGAGAACCAUGGUGAAGCUGAGAACCAUGGUGAAGCUGAGAACCAUGGUGAAGCUGACAACCUUGGGGAAGAGGAUAACACCGGUGGAAAGGAGGCCAAUGGUGAUGAAAAUGACUUCACUGAGGGUGAAGGCAUGACUUAUCCUAUUUACGAGGAGAUUGUCCAACUCCAGGCUAAGGUGGCAACUCAGAAUAUCACCAUCCUGCAGCAGCAGACGUCCAUUGAUGGACUCAAGAAGCACACUCGGAACCUCGAGGCUAGGCUGAGCAUUACCAUGAAGGAGUUUAACCAUCGCAAGACGGAGGUGCAGCCUUGGCUUGAUCUGGUGAAUGAAACCAUGAUCCUUGCGAAUGUGCGUCCUGAGGCUCGCGUUACUGCAGCCACUCGUGCAUUGGACGAGGUGGCCCGCAGGGCAGUGUAUGGCGCUAAGAAGCAGGCGCAUGGAUCAUUUGGGUGGCCGGAGUUUUGCACCGCGCUGAAAGAGGCAUUCAUGGUCAAGAAGUCCGACCUGGAACUGCGCGGACGCCUUGAGCAUAUCAAGUGUCAUGACCGUCCGGUGCAGGAAUAUGCGGUCGAGUUGGAGGCCGCAGCACGCUCGCUCCAGAAGCCCUUGUCUGAGGAGGAGAUGAUGCACCUCUUUAUGAAAGGCCUCCCUGUCAACCUGCAAGAGGCACACAUGAUCGGCGGCAUGACCAAUUGGACGACUUACAAAGAGCUGAAGGAGCAGGUGAUCAAAACUGACACCGUCAUUCGCACAUAUAUCCAUGGUCCUGCAAAGGCGGACCAGCAGCCCCGUGCUGAGGGCUCCGGUGGUCGUGGGAACCGGCCCCAGAACGCCAAUGGCGGAGGCGGUUCGAAUAAGCGACCUUUCCAGCAGCGUGAGCACCAGCCUGGACCACAGGCCAAGAGGGCUAACGGGGGGGGAGGUCAUGGCCCUAACAAGCCGGACUUCUCCAAGAUGCGGUGUCACGGCUGUGGAUUUAUUGGACACAUCCAAAAGCAGUGCCGUAACAAGAACUAA